CGCUCGCCCCGGCGCCGCACGGAGCCCACCCAGCGGAGAGCACAGCGGUGCCCGCCCGCCGUCCGCGUCUCUGGGGACCCAGCUCUGUGAGCGCGUCCUCAUCGCCCCUCCACCCGCCAGACUUCACAUCUGACUCCGGGCUGCCUGCGGCCUCAGUGGCCUCCCUUCCCCGAGGGCACGAUGCCCAUCCUCAAGCAGCUGGUGUCCAGCUCGGUGCACUCCAAGCGCCGUUCCCGCGUGGACCUCACGGCCGAGAUGAUCAGUGCUCCGCUGGGCGACUUCCGCCACACCAUGCACGUGGGCCGGGCGGGGGACGCCUUUGGGGACACCUCCUUCCUCAACAGCAAGGCUGGCGAGCUGGAGGGCGAGCCCCUGGAUGAGCAGGCGCCCGCCUCGUCCUCCAAACGCAGCCUCCUGUCCCGGAAGUUCCGGGGCAGCAAGCGGUCGCAGUCGGUGACCAGGGGGGACCAGGAGCAGAGGGACAUGCUGGGCUCGCUGCGGGACUCGGCCCUGUUUGUCAAGAACGCCAUGUCCCUGCCCCAGCUGAACGAGAAGGAGGCCGCAGAGAAGGGGUCCGGCAAGCUGCCCAAGAGCCUGUCGUCCAGCCCCGUGAAGAAGGCGAGUGCCGGGGAGGGCGACCAGGAGGCGGCCCGUGUGGAGGAGGUGCCCCGGCGGAAUGGGGCCACGGCCCCCCGCUGCCUCGACCCCCUCCUCGACGAGCAGGCCUUCGGGGACCUGACGGAUCUGCCCAUCAUGCCCAAGGCCAGCUUCGGGCUGAAGCAUGCGGAGUCCAUCAUGUCCUUCCACAUUGACCUGGGGCCCUCCAUGCUGGGAGACGUCCUGAGCAUCAUGGACAAGGAGGAGUGGGAGCCAGAGGAAGAGAAUGGUGGUUACGAGGGCGACGAGGACCCAGGCAGUCUCCCCAAGGCUCCCCCUGCGGGGUCGGGGGCCCCUCCGCUGGCCAGGCAGGAAGGCAAGGCUGGCCAGGACUCACCCCCGCUGUCCCAGGCUCCGCAGGACGAGGCGUGGGCCGCGGUGGCCCCCAGUCCCGGCUCUGCCCGCAGCACGGGGAGCCACACCACUCGGGACAGCAGCUCCCUGUCCAGCUGCACCUCCGGCGUCCUGGAGGAGCGCAGCCCUGCCUUCCGGGGGCCAGACCGGGCCCGGGCCACUCUGUCCAGGCAGCCCGACAAGGAGUUCACCUUCAUGGAUGAGGAGGAGGAGGAUGAGAUCCGAGUGUGAGGCAGGAGGAGGUGGGGCUCCCGCUCUUGGCUUGGGCUCCUUGCUCCCAGCCCACCUCCCCCUUCUCCUUCCCGUCAGGGGCCACCAAGAGCCUGGCGGCGUCCACAGACCCUGGACCUGGUGGCUGAGGGGCACUGGCUGAGCCUGGGGCCCCUGGAGGACUCGGAGCUGGCCUGGGUGCCGGCUGCGUGCCUCACUCUGUCACACACCCUGGCCUCCCUGAGCUCUGUAGGACGGGGCUAUGUUCUUACAGUGGGAAUUGAUUUCCUUUUCUCCACGGGGCCUCAAGCGGAUGUCAGAUGUCAGCCCGAGCUCCUGCCUGGCCUCCCGCAGGUCAGCUCGGGGGCGACCUCGAGGCCGGGGCGAAGGACAGCCGCUCCCCUUUUCUCUCCUGUGUUUCUGCUGACCUGGCAGGCAGUGACUUCCCUGGGUGAAUGUGUGUCACGGGAAGAAUGGGGUGGGCAUGUGCCCCCCCCUUUGGCUCCUGAACAGGAAGCCUGGAGCCCUUUGGAGUCAAGCCAGACUGAACACUAAACGAGGCCCCUUCCCCAGGGGCCCCUAUUUUUAGGAAGGGGCCCUAGCCGGAUGACACUAGGAACAGACUGUAGUGGCUCAGCCCCUGUGGGCUUGCUUGUUCUGUCUUGUUAUGUUUAAAUCUUUCUAGAGCCGUAUGGAGAGCAGCCUGUAGGCCUGUGGCCAGGGGCACAUCGGCUCCUUCUAGACACCUUUAUACUAGGUGCUUCCAAACUUUAUUUAGAAUCGGAUGGGGUGGUGUCUGCCUGUAUGUACACCUCCACCGUAGCUAUUAACAGCUGAAGGCGUCCAGUGUAGAAUAUUUCUGAAAAAUGACUUUUUUAAAGUAAUAUAUCAUUCCUAUGGGGGAUAAAAGCUUUUUUUUGGGGGGGGGGACUGUUAUUCAACCUCCUCACCUCCCAGGCCCCCUCACUGCCUCCUCCUCUCCCCAGGCCCCUGUGCCUGCUCCCUCCUGGACUUCUGAGGCAAGGGUCCUGGGGGUCUCGGUACAGGGUUGCCAGACUUUUCCACAAAACAGAAGGAGAAGUUUUCAGUGGGAGGAUGUCCCCAUGCCAGAUGUUCUGACACACUUAAAUGAAAACAUUAUCUCUUGUCCUCCUGAAAUUCAAAUUUCAGCCUAGGUCCUAUAACCCAGCCCACAGGGAUUGAGUAGGAGCCUGGGUGUGAGCCCAGGGUCAACUGGUGAUUGUUCUGUCCUGGGAACAGGCUGACCCACCUCCUCCUGGCCCCGGAGCCAGGGGCCAGAGCCAGGGGGAGGGGCCGGAUCCAGCCCGGCGGGUGGGCGUGGCCGCUCCAGCCUCCCAUUUUCUGCCAGAGCCUGACUCAGACACUAGCUUAGUUCCUGGUCCCAGCACCCCACGGGGCUCGGCUUCCAGGAGAGCAGCCCCUGCCCGCUGCCCUUGACACCCACCCGGGCGGUGGUCAGUUCCGGAUUCUGAACUGUAUAUUUUUUUCAUGAAAUUGUUAAAACAGUGAGACAACAUUAAAAAAA